AUGUGCGUAUGCAAAGUUUGCGGGAAACAGUCAAAUAAAGACGGCACAGAGAACUGGGUACAGUGCGACAAGUGUGAACUCUGGUACCACUUUGAGUGCGUAGGUGUAGACGAGAGCGUACAACAUCAAAAUUGGAACUGCUCCCUUUGUACCGAAGGUGGCGAUAGUGCAAACGUUCUUUGCACUCCCGAAGAUCCAAUGUCACAAACACCUACAGCCACGACCACCGCGCCUCACGAAGUACCACGUGGUCCGGUCCCACCACCCGAAGCAGAUGUGAUCAGCGAUGACCAUCGAAGCGUUCCUAUGGGGUUGAAACUGGAUGAACGUGCUCCAACGCAAGUCGCAUUUAACUCGUCACCAGCCAACGACGAAACAAACCGUCAACAUCGACUCGCGUUGGCAAUGUUAGAGGAGAAAAGAGCCGCGGAGGAGCGCUACAUCGAACAGAAGUACCGACUACUUGCCAAUAUGAACUCGGCAGGCAUGUCAAGCUUACAGAUCGGAACAAGCAGCGGUCCAACAAGUUCUCAAAUAGCUGCGCGACAAUCUAUUGCAAAAGACUUGCCACCGUUCAGCGGCGACCCCGAGGAGUGGCCUAUGUUCGUUAGCACCUUCGACCAUAGCACUUCAGCCGCAGGCUUUUCCAACGUUGAAAAUAUGCUGCGAUUGCAGAGGUGCCUGAGAGGCAAGGCUCGCGAACUAGUCAAAGAUAAGCUGCUCUUACCAGAUAUGGUUCCCGACGUCAUCGACGUACUAAAAACGUUCUUCGGCAGGCCGGAGUACAUCUUAGAGAGAACGAUUGAGAGGGUAAGGAAGUUGCCACCGCCUAAAGACAAACUAGAAUCUCUCAUAGAAUUCUCGUUAGCCGUACGCAAUAUCUGCGCCACAAUGGAGACAUGUAAGCUGGAGGCGCAUUUCAACAAUCCAAUGCUGGUAAAAGAGCUAGUAGACAAAUUGCCCAAUCAGCAUAAAUUGAGCUGGGCGAUGCAUCCGCGGCGAGGCACUUCACCAACCAUUAAAGAAUUCAGCGACUGGCUCUAUCGAAUGGCGGAGGCGGCCUCUACGGUAGUAUCACCCUCGUUCUACAAAACCAGCUCAGUCAACACGCAUAGCCAAGGUGGGUGCACUCCGUCGAGAACCCCUCCUCCAAAGAAACAGGACAUUCCGCAAAGGGAUAACCGUUCCCAAGGACCAACUUGUGAAUCGUUGGACACGCAACCCAAGCGUUCGACAAUGAAGUGCAUCGCGUGCGGUGAAGUUGAACAUUGCGCUGCACAGUGUGGGAAAUUCCAUAGCUUGUCCGAACAGCAGAGGUGGGAAACAGUAAAAAAAGGUGGAGCGUGUUAUCGAUGCCUUAAACCCCAUCGCAAAGGGUGCUUCUCAAAAAAGAGUUGCGGCAUAAAUGGCUGCUCUCGAAAGCAUCAUCCAUUACUCCACAGCGAAGGUACCGAAACUCCCGUCGACGCGGAAAAGGACCAAGCCCACGUGAGCACGCACCGAAGUAACAACUCCAGUAGCCAAUAUUUCCGCAUCAUGCCCGUGAACCUUCAUACAGCCAGCAAAACCAUUAAUAUUUACGCGUUUCUUGACGAAGGUUCUUCCGUGUCUCUCAUUGACGAAGCGGCGUUCGAAAAACUCGAUAUCAAAGGAGUACCAACACCUAUAUGUUUGCAAUGGACCAGCGAAACUACACGCAACGAAAGUGCAUCCGUAAGGGCAUCAAUACAGAUCUCGGCUCCAAAUACCGGCAAAUUGUAUUGGCUCAACAACGUACAUACUAUAAAAAAUAUCGCUCUACCUAAGCAAACGAUUAACGUAAGUGAACUUCGUUGUAAAUAUCCGUAUUUAAAAGGCAUACCACUCCAGUCAUAUUACGACGUUCGGCCAACUCUACUUAUUGGGGCCGACAACUGGAAGAUUGCUGUUCCACGCAGAAUUCGUGAAGGCAGAAGGGACGAACCCAUCGCUUCUAAAUGUUUACUUGGAUGGAGCGUACAAGGUACAUCGACCGCAUCGAGUUACGUGACUAUGCACCACUGCGACUGUAGAUGGAAAGAACUGCACGACAUAGUAAAAGACAGCUUUAGCCUAGAUCCCGUAAAAAUUCACAACGUACAGUCGGCCGACGACCAGCAAGCGAUGGAAAUUCUCGACCGGACAUGUAUCAAGGUGAAUGGCCGAUUUGAAGUCGGCCUUUUAUGGCGCAACAGUAAUGACACGCUACCAGAAAGUUACACCAACGCGCUCAGUCGCCUUAACUGUCUGAAAGCUAAAAUCAAGCGAGAGCCAGAUUUGUACGACAAAAUUUCUGUGCAAAUUCGUAACCUAUUGCAAAAGGGUUAUGCGGUCGAGCUAUCGGAAACGGAGAUUACCAACCAGAACAAGCAAACUUGGUACUUGCCAAUUUUCAUAGCACUAAAUCCCAAUAAGCCAAACAAAAUAAGGCUCGUUUGGGACGCAGCUGCGAAAUCUCACGGGGUCUGUCUAAACGACUUUCUGCUUACCGGACCAGAUCUCUUGAAUCCACUUAUCGAGAUUCUGCUCGCGUUCCGGGUUGGCCAGGUGGCGGUCUGCGGGGACAUCGCGGAAAUGUUCCACAGAAUCAACAUCCGCGCGGAGGACAGACAUGCCCAACGGUUCCUAUGGUAUGACAAAGCCAGCAACAACGUAAACGUGUACGUAAUGCACGCAAUGACCUUUGGCAUAAGUUGUGCGCCAUGCAUUGCUCACUACAUACGUGACAAGAACGCAGAGUCAUACCGCCAGCAGUAUCCUCAAGCAUACGAGGCCAUCCGAAAGGCUCACUAUGUCGACGACUACAUCGACAGUAAGGACAGCGAGCAGGAGGCUCUCGACGUGGCAACUCUGGUUCGCAAGGUUCAUCAAGCUGGUGGAUUCGAAAUCCGAAAUUGGACCUCGAACUCCACUGAAGUCCUUAUGCAGUUCCUCGAUGCCGACUUCGCAGCGCAAGCGCCAGUCCAAUUUGGUGGCACAGAAAAGGUGUUAGGUAUGUAUUGGGUGCCACAAACUGACGUUUUCAAAUAUGUUCUCAGGUUCGCCCGGCUGCGACGUGACGUACUGAUGGAUGGCCUAAUCCCCACCAAAAGAGAGGUCCUACAGGUCCUCAUGUCAAUUUUCGACCCCCUGGGGAUACUGUCGUGUCACACAAUCGGCUUAAAAAUACUCCUCCAACAUGUGUGGCGAGCCAACAUAGGAUGGGAUGAAGAGCUGCCUGAGUCACUACACCACCGCUGGCGUCAGUGGAAGCAACUUCUGCCAGAUGUAGAGGCAAUCGAGAUUCCGAGAUGCUAUUCCCCGAAUCUGACUAAAUCGACUCGGGUAGAUCUCCACACGUUCGUCGACGCGAGCGAAUAUGCAUACGCCGCGGCCUCUUAUGUGCGAGUACAUCGAGACGACAUAGUCGACGUGACACUGGUGGCUGCAAAAAGUAAGGUCGCACCGCUGAAGCCGAUGUCCAUCCCACGUAUGGAACUCCAAGCCGCAGUAAUGGGUGUACGUUUGGCUCAAAAGAUCAUCAACCUACGUGGUCUGAAAAUCGGAAGCGCCACAUACUGGUCCGAUUCCAAAACGGUGUUACAGUGGCUAAAGAUGGACCCCCGUAACUUCCAACAGUUCGUUAUGCAUCGCGUCGGAGAGGUCCUAGAAAGCUCCAACAAUACACAAUGGCGAUGGGUUCCAACAAAGUGGAACGUGGCAGAUGGGGCGACGAAGGUCAAUAGUACGGUGGGAACUAAGCAGUGGCUGCAGGGGCCAGAGUUCCUGAAAUUGUACGAGAGCGAGUGGCCGCAACAACCACAGCAUUUCGAAGAAACAGAUAUGACGGAGCUGAGAAAACACUUACACGUAACUCGAAAAAAUUAUGCCAUAAAAUUUAACGUGGAAUAUUUCUCAGAGUGGCGUCGCCUAUACAGAGCAGUAGCAACAUUCCUCUUGUACUUCGAUCGAUUGAACGCUAAACGACUCAACCGGACCAAACCGAACAAUAUUACUCCGGAACUGAUCAAAAAGGCGAUCAACCUACUCUUCAAGCAAGCGCAGGCUGAAGCAUAUUCCGCAGAAAUUAGUUUACUACGUGCAAAGCUAUCGGUAAGCAAACAAAGCAGAUUGGCUGGAUUAAAUGUUUACCUCGAUGAAAACGGGAUCAUGAGGACUCAAGGUAGAGCCGACUCCAUCAACUGCAGGAAAGACGCUAUCGUUAUGCCAAGGGAAAGCUACAUUUCGUUCCUAAUAGUAAAGGCAUAUCACGUCGAAAAUCACCAUAUGGCUCAUGAGACGACCAUAAACAACGUAAUGGCCUCUUAUUACGUGCCACGUUUGCGCGUUUUAUACAAGUCUGUGCGUAAAUCCUGCCAAAAAUGUAAGAUAAAUAACGUCGUGCCUGAACCUCGACAAAUGGCGCCAAUACCCGCAGCGAGAUUGGCCAGCUUCGCAAGACCAUUUACGUAUACAGGCGUCGACUACUUCGGACCCAUACUGGUAAAUGUCGGCCGGCAUAAGGAGAAGAGAUGGGGUGUGCUUUUUACUUGCCUGACACUCCGAGCAGUACACUUCGAAAUAGCUUACAGUUUGGAUACUAGCUCCUGCAUCAUGUGCUUACGCAAUUUUAUGGCACGCCGUGGUACGCCGAUGGAAAUAUACUCGGACAACGGCACGAAUUUUAGGGCCACCGAAAAAGCUGUACGAGAGGAGCUGAUGAAGAUCGAUUUUGACAAGCUAACCAUAAAAUACGACCGCAUUAAAUGGCGCUUCAACCCACCCGGCGCACCCCAUAUGGGAGGCGCCUGGGAACGACUCGUCCGAACCACGAAAAUAAUUUUGAAAGGCAUCUGCCCGAUGUAUUCUUUCAACGACGAAAGUCUUCGUAGCGCGCUGAUGGAAGCAGAGUAUAUUAUCAACUCGCGCCCGCUGACCUUUGUAAGUCUCGAGUCAUCGGACGACAUCGCCCUCACUCCAAAUCAUUUGUUGCUGGGCUCGACAGAUGGCUACAAACCUGUUUGCAGAGACGAGCUGGAUCUAAGGCAACGCUGGCACCAAACACAACUCUUCGGUGAUCGAUUCUGGCACCGCUGGGUAAAGGAAUACGCUCCAGUUCUUACUCGACGGGUCAAGUGGUUUUACAAAUCUAUGCCAAUAGCCGUUGGUGACGUUGUCAUUGUCAUCGAUGAAAAGCUACCACGGAAUCUAUGGCCAAAAGGACGCGUCACCAACACGGUCAUAGCUAAGGACGGUCAAGUUAGGCGCGUAACCAUACAAACUCAGUGCGGUAUUAUGGAGAGGCCAGCGACAAAGGUGGCUAAAUUAGACGUCGGCUUAGAAAGAGGUAAACAACCCUAG